UAACUAACUAACUACUGCUCUGCUACUCCUCUCUCACUCGAACUAUACACCACACCACACCACACCACCACAACCCUCAAAAUGUCCAACCCAUCCCUCUACGGGCACGCACGAAACAAACAAAAACCGUCUGCCCACUCCCAAUCCACGUCUACCCCCUCCUCCUCGACCCUCGCCUUCACAACCACCCUCUCCUCCCUCAUAACCAAAGACGAGUCCUCCACCUCCACACGCGGCCGCCUCCGUCCCUCCAAAGCCCCGAAAUCCGACCUCUUCAGCCGGCCCAACAAAGGCGCGCAGAAGCGCGCGGCCGCCGACCUCCGCGACGAUGGCGACAACUCCGCGUUCGAGCAGAAACACCAGCGCACGGAGGACAUCGGGGCGGUGGAGCCGGCGACGCUGCACCGGUCGAAAAGGCGCAUGGAGGAGAAGGCGCGCAUGUAUGAUGAUCUGAAGAGUGGGAGGUAUCUUGCGGGUGGGGGGAGCAGUGAUGAGGAUGGGGGUGGGGAUGUGUAUUUGGCGAGGUUGAGGAGGAGGGAGAGGGAGGGGUUGGUGGAUUUUGAUCAGAAGUGGGCGGAUGAGGAGAGAGGUAGAGAAGGUGGGGAGGAGGAGGAGGAGGCUGAUGAUGAUAAUGCGUCUAUUGUCUCGUAUGAGGAUGAGCUGGGACGGUCGCGGCGAGGAACGCGAGCCGAGGCAGCGGCUGCGCGGGCGGCCGCGCUGAAGGAGCAGGAGGCUGGUGGUCGUGGUCGUGGUGGUGGCGAUGCUGAGCGCUGGCGACCCGCACGUCCGGAUAAUCUGAUCUACGGGGCUACGGUGCAGGCGGAGGCGUUUAACCCGGAUGCUGAGGUGGCGUCGCAGAUGUCGUAUCUUGCUGCGCGGCGGGAUCGCUCGCCCACACCGCCGGAGGAGACGCACUAUGAUGCCGAUGCGGAGGUGCGCAAUCGCGGAACCGGUUUCUAUGCGUUCUCCAAGGAUGAGAACGUUCGGAAGCAGCAGAUGGAGGAGUUGCUGCAUGUGCGCGAGGAGACACAGCGGGAGCGCGAUGCUCGGCGCGAGAGACGCGCGGAGCGCCAGCGCUUGCGUGAUGAGCGGAGGAUGAAGGUUGAUGAGCUGCGCGCUAAACGGCGCGCGGAGAUGUUCCUGGCGGGUCUCGGAGAUGUCGGGGUUUUGGCCGGGGGGGGUGCUUAAUCAUAGAAGUGGUCCAGACUUUUUUUUCUUUUUUUGAUGAUAUGAUAUGAGAUGAGAUAG